UGGUCCCUCCUCUAUUACGUUCCCCCGACUAAGCGUGAAAGCGUAAUGUGGGCGAAUAUAAGGAGCUGAAAGAGCUGUUUGGAGAUGCGAGGUCAGGCUGGUGGAGCUGCUGGGUUUUUACAGCCGCCGGACAGUGACGUUCAGAGCUGGAUGGCCAAAGCGUUUGAUAUGGCCAGAGACGCUCUAGAAAACGGCGAGGUACCUGUUGGAUGUCUCAUGGUGUAUAACGACGAGAUUUUAGGAAAAGGACGAAAUGAGGUGAAUGAAUCGAGGAAUGCCACACGUCAUGCAGAGAUGGUGGCACUGGACCAGGUGUUGGAGUGGAGCCGCCUCAAACAGCUCGACCCAAAGGAAGUCUGUAAGCUGACUGUUCUUUAUGUGACAGUGGAACCGUGUAUCAUGUGUGCAGCUGCUUUACGGCUGCUACACAUACCUUUAGUCGUGUAUGGGUGUAAGAAUGACCGUUUCGGAGGCUGUGGUUCAGUGUUGGACAUUUCAUCAGAUGAUCUACCCCACACUGGAGCAUCUUUCAAGUGCAUCUCAGGCCACCGAGCAGAAGAGGCCAUUGAAAUGCUGAAGACUUUUUACAAGCAGGAGAAUCCUAAUGCUCCAAAGCCUAAAGUGAGAAAGGCGGUCAGUCCAGCAGGGGGCUCUGUUGUCCCGCAGAAAAAAGCAGCUCCAGUUGAUGAAGAUGGAGGCAAAAUGGCCCCUUUGGAGUGAAACUGGAUGCACACUUUUCUUUUCUCUAGAAACACAAAGGUCUGGAUUGGACUCUUAUUACGUUGUCGACUUUUCUAAAUGGGUUAAUUUAUCUUCCGUUUUCCGGGCAGCUACGUUUUAUCAUUCUUCACAUUUCUUGUAAACCAAAGUUUCCCAAGGCUCCGCUCCUUCGAGUUUUCCCUGCGCAGCUGGGAGUCUAGCUCUUUAGCUGAUCGUAAGAUCAUUAGCGGCGCCCUGUGCCUUGCAGACGGCCACGCUAGGUGCAGUGGAACUGCUGUGCAUUACAGCCUGCGCUUCUCGCCACCCCCCCCCCCCCAUGUCCUCACAUAACCCGGAUCUCUGUUCCACAUGUGUGAUCUCAUCCCCCUGCUCCAAAAACAGGUGCUCGGGCACAAUCGGGGAGUUUCCCCUUCUCACGCUGCUGUUAGACAGGGCCUCUUUCAGGCCUCUUUCAGGCCAAUAAGUAGGGCUGCAAAUAGGAACUCACCCAUGCUACCUUUUCUCUUUUAACUCAGGGCAGGUCUGUGCUCUCAUUCAAGUAUCCAUGUGGAAAAUAACUAUAAUAAAUAGUUCUAGUCUUAGCUUUACUAUUUUAUACUUUCAUUUUCUAACGUUCCCUUCUUCUCUAACACCAUUUUGCCUAAAGCCAAUUGAAACGACCCAUUUCACCUGAUAAACGAGAGCUGAGACUCACGUUUUUCCUGAGACUGAAGUCAUUUUUCCCUGUAAAGCCUGUCGCUUUGGUGUGAGAAUGUUCCAAACUGUACACUGUAAUUUGCCUGCAGCACAGAGUGUUUAACCAGUGCUGCUGCAUUUCUAGAACAAUCUCAUCUGUGUUGGUUAAAAUAAAGGUGGUAUUAAUGUAGGAUAUCACAUCAUCCACCAUGAUUAAAACUCAGUUGCACUGAAGAGUGUGAGUACUGAUGUUUUUGCUAUGGUUUGCAUGGAAAUAAAUCAAUAAAUGAACUUUUUUUUGUUUUUAA